AAUUUCAACAGUUUUCUACCGAUAUGAGUACGAAAGCGCGGAUGCUCGGAAACCGAUAACACGAGGAUAUAUACAGUACAUCUCUGGUUGAGGCAAGAGCAAACUCGGCUUUAAAAUAAGAUUUAUCGUGACCUUAAUUAUUGAACAUUCCAAAGCUUGAGCUGCCAUAACUCAAAUUAAUUUAACUGCGUCUACACUACCACUAUACUCUUGUUAGUUAUUGUCACAAGUCUGGUCUUUAGUAUGCCCCACCAUUUUAAAAGCCAAGCGCCUGAUUGACCCAAACACCAUUGGCACAUGGUACAAAUAAAGUUUCCUGCACCUCUGCUCUCGACACCCAACUCCAGAUACAUAUGUAUGUUGACAUUUUAAAAAGAAACAGGAGAAACAUUGGUUAGAAGGUAUAUUUUCAGUCACACAAAUUUACCACUUGGUGCUUAUCUACCGUUACAACGUGGUCCUAUGUAGCCUGAAGGGGUACCGGUGCUUGUGAAAUACACUUACUGACUUAGCCAGACAAGUCGUGUAUUUUUUAUUAGAUGACGGCAAUGAGUUGUGGCAUGCACAAGUUAUAGCACCUUAUACUUCCAAACAAAGACACGAGAGAAGGUAUUUGAAUACAGAUACUAACCAUGGCACAUACAGGAGAGCAGCCACAUAAGUGUGAUGUCUGUGGUAGGGGGUUUAAUAAAUCCUAUAACUUUCAGACACACAUCAAGACACAUGCAGGAGAGUCGCGCCACAAGUGUGAUGUCUGUGGUAGGGGGUUUAAUUCAUCUCAGCAUUUACAGACUCAUGCUAGGACUCAUACAGGAGAGAAGCCUCACACGUGUGAUAUCUGUGGUAGGGGGUUUAAUCAGUCACACCAUUUACAAACUCAUAACAGGAGACAUACAGGGGAGAAGCCUUUUGAGUGUGAUGUGUGUGGUAAUAGAUUUAGAGAAGCACAAAGCUUAAUGAAACAUCACAGGAUACAUACAGGAGAGAAGCCUUACAAGUGUGAUGUCUGUGGUAAGGAGUUUAGUUUGGCACACCAUCUACCGCGACACCUCAUGACGCAUACAGGGGAGAAGCCUCACAAGUGUGAUGUCUGUGGUAAGGGGUUUAAUGCGGCACAAAGCUUAAAGGUACACCUCAUGACACAUGCAGGAGAGGCACCAUAUACAUGUGAUAGCUGUGGUAAGGGGUUCACUGUGGCACAAAACCUACGGGCACACAUCAGGAUACAUACAGGAGAGAAGCCAUACAAGUGUGAUGAGUGUGGAAGAGGCUUUAAUCAGCCUUCUGCUCUAGUGACGCAUGUAAGGAUACAUACAGGGGAGAAGCCAUACAAGUGUGAUGUCUGUGGUAAAAAUUUCAUUAGCUCAUCUGCUCGAACGAUACACCUCAGGAUACAUUAGGAGAGGAGCUUUACAACUAUAAUUUUUUAUUCUGUGGUAAAGAUUUUUGUGGUAAAUAGUGUACAAUUUUUUUUGUGGUGAAUAGCCUGCAAGCACCACAUGUACAGGACACAUCACAUACAGCAGGCAAAAACCCUGUGAUUAUGUGGUAAGGGUUUUAUUGUGUCACAAAAAGCCUACAAAGGCAUGUCAGGACAUAUACAGUGAUACAAGUCUUACAAAUACAAGAUGUAUGUUGGGUUUAGUCAGGUAACUACCCGAAACAGACACAUCAAAACACACAGGAAAGAAACUGUUAUGGCUGUUUAAAGAAAGGGACAAAAUGAACAGUGUGAUGAUAUUUUGCCAGUAGCACUGGGAUGAAGAGCU